UUAAGGCCUAUAGGACGAACACUGUCUAUCUGUUCUUUUUGUCAUCUGCCGCUGUCAUCUUUGCCCUCUCCCGGCCGAUGAUCGUCAAGAAGCCAAAGGAGGCGCCAGUGUUUAACGCCGCCAUCCUUGUCCAUACCGCCAUCAUCCUCGCCUUUGUCUUCUCCGUCCUCAUCACCGCACCUAUUUUUGGGAACAAUGUGCAGUGCAACACGUCGGCAUCUGCCGUGAUGUUCCGACCGUUUCCAUUCCUUCAGACCGGCCGCAUCAUCUCGUUCAUCAUCACGGGCGUUUCUGCAGUCUUAUUUAUUGGGAUGAUCAUACGUGACUAUACGAACAUUUCGCAGAUAGUGAAACGGGCGGGCAAGCGUCUGCCGGGGGAGAAUCCCGUGUCCGCGGAAGAACGGCAUCCAAUGACGACCCCCCCGCGCAGUAUGUCUCAGUCGAAGAUCCGCCCACCCCGGCACACUGCAGGGGAGGUUGGGAUACCUCGUCCUGGGCGUCCUUCCAGCUACGACGACAAAAACCCUUAUGCGUUGCCAGUCGAUUGGAAUCUGCUGAUUAGACUGAUUGCGCUCUCCAUGUUAUGGCUCGUCGGCGUCCUGAAUAUCGAACUCUUGAUCAGGUUCAAUUUUCCCUCGACGACUGCUCAGGCUGCGUGGCAAUUCGGCCAGAUUCUAGCCAUACUUUUGGUCAUCAUACCUCUUCGCGAUUUGAUCAGAGCCUUCAAGGAACAUGGAAUCCGUCCAAAGAGAACUGAGAACGUGACUGUUGCGUCUCGCGUAUAAUGGAGAGGAUAGAUUACUGACUGAAGAGGCAUUGUAUUUACAUAUGUCAUGCAUCACUGAGUGAACG